GUUGUCCGCCAUGUUUUCUGUUGUUUGGUCUUCUUCAACUGUAAUCAAUUUCUUUCCAUUUUUAUGACCUUAUGAUUUUGCUGACCUCAUUUCAUAUAGGCCGUAAGUAAGUAAGUAUAUUGCUGUAACAAUGUCGGGCCUGAAAGUCGAGGAAAAAAUUCGCAGAUCGAGUGACGAUCAGAAGGAACCAAUGUCCUUUUGGAGUGAGACAGAACGUGGUCAGAAAGCAGAGCAAAGACUUGUCAAUCACCCUUAUGACUUGGAGUCAUGGGGUGUUCUCAUUAGAGAGGCACAGGGUAUGACCCUUGAGAAGUCCAAAGUGUUAUAUGAGAAGCUUGUUAGGCGUUUUCCUAGUGCAGGACGUUACUGGAGAUUAUACAUUGAGCAAGAGAUGAAACAUCAAAAUUAUGAAAAAGUAGAAAAGCUAUUCCAGAGGUGCCUCAUCAAAGUUUUAAAUAUAGACUUGUGGAAGUUAUAUCUUACUUAUGUCAAAGAAACAAAAAGUUCUCUUCCAAAUUUCAGGGAAAAAAUGUCUCAGGCUUAUGAGUUUGCAUUAGACAAGAUUGGCUUAGACUUUCAUUCCUAUCAGGUGUGGAUGGAUUAUAUAAGUUUUCUAAAGGCUGGGGAGGCUGUAGGAUCAUAUGCAGAGAACCAAAAGAUUAUGACGAUAAGAAGGGUCUUUCACAGGGCAGUGACUACACCCAUAAUUAAUGUUGAGGCAAUAUGGAGAGAGUAUAACACAUUUGAACAGGGUGUGAACAAGACACUUGCUAAAAAGCUUAUUGAUGACAAAACUAGAGAAUAUAUGAAUGCAAGAAGAAUGGGCAAGGAAUAUGAAGCUACUACAAGAGGUUUAGUGAGAGGAGCACCAUCAACUCCUCACCAGGGGAACUCKGAGGAGAUCACACAGCUUCAGAUCUGGAAGAAGUAUAUUUUCUGGGAGCGUAGUAAUCCACUGUGGGUGGAUGACACAGUGUUGUUAACCAAGCGUGUCAUGUAUGCUUAUGAGCAAUGUUUACAGUGUAUGGGGUUUAACCCUGAUAUCUGGUACGAAGCAACUUCAUAUCUGGAGACAACUAGCAAGACAUUAGCUGAGAAGGGUGAUAUGCAAGCAUCCAAACUACUAAGUGAUGAAGCAUCAAAUCUGUAUGAAAGAGCAAUAAAUGGUCUGAUGGGACUAAAUCUGUUAAUAUACUUGGCAUAUGCUGAUUUUGAGGAGGGAAGAAUGAGAUUUACAAAGGCUAAAGAAAUUUAUGAAAAGUUCAUUGGUCUUGAAGGAGUUGACCCCACACUGGCAUAUAUACAGUACAUGAGAUUCUCAAGGAGAGCUGAGGGUGUCAAAGAGAGUAGAGCUGUGUUCAAGAGAGCUAGAGAGGAUACUAGGACAAACUUUCAUGUUUUUGUAGCCUCAGCUCUGAUGGAAUACUACUGUGGGAAGGAUAAAGCUGUUGCCUUUAAAAUCUUUGAUUUAGGACUUAAGAAAUAUAUAAAUGAACCUGAAUUUGUUGUUUCAUAUGUGGAUUUCCUGAGACAGUUGAACGGUAUGUUAUUAUAUUCACUUUUCAAUGACUAUAAUUAUAAUUCAUAUUUUUUUACUAGUUUAGUCUGCUUACCUUUAUACUGCAGUAUUCAUGUAGAAGGAUCCUUGUUUACAAACAUUUUCUUUUAGCAAUC